UCCUUGUAACAUGGUUUCACUGAAGCGCAAAACUAGCUUAAGAUAACUUUAGCUCUUACCUCACAACAUUUUUGAGCAAUUAGCUACACUGAUAGCUACUACUUAGCCUUUCGGCAAACCCAACUUACGUUUAUGACAACAUACUAACCACCAGAAGAACUAUUCAGACAACAGAGAAUACAUUUUUUUGUGGGUUUUUUUGUGUGGAACUAGCGCAAUUUAAGGAAGGCUACAAUAGAUCGUCACUUUGCUUGUUGAACGGUGACUGAUCUCCAUGACGAUGAGGGCUCUGUGCGUGUUGUGCGUGGUGGUCCCUUGGGCGUUCCUCAAUGGCGUCGUGCAGGCAGCCCCGGCGAGCCAGAAGCCGGCUGAGGAGGAUGACGUAAACGUGCUGAUGUACGGCGUGCUGCAGUUCGGCGACGCCAUGCGCCACACCUUCCAGAGCACGGAGGCCAAGCUGGCACGCCUGCUCGCCGCCGUCCACAAGACAGAGGGUCUGGUCAGGCAGGUCGACCAGCAGACGCUGGAGGCCAAAGAGGCCGAGAUCCAGAUCAAAGAGGGCAUCAACCACCUCCAGGCACAGACAGCAGAUCUGAAGAGCACAACGGAGGAGACCAAGAGCAAGGUGCAGUCGGUGCAGCAGGAGGACUUGGAGAUGAAGACCAAACUCAAGGCUCUGGAGUCCACUCUCAAGACCGCAGACCCUGACAGCUUCAAGCUCCUCAAGGCGACUGUUGAGAGGAAUUCAAGGCUGUUGAGCGAUCUACUGGACUGGACACAGCACCAGAAAAAGACUAUGCAGAUUCAGAAGCAACAGCUGAGAGACUUACAAAAACAGGAGUCGUGAGAGCCAACCUGACCAAAAAUAAAUAGAAAAAGACACUCCACACCUUGUUCUGGAAGGCUGCUUCAAGAUUCUUGUAGAUUGCAGUAUAGCAAUUGUUUUAUUUAAUGUAUAUUUUUUAUACUUUUUCACUUUUUUAUACUUGCUUCAAUAAAAUCUGAGUAAAAAUA